AUGCAAAAGAAAGGGAAUAAUCGUAGCGAACCCAAUGAGAGCAAAGGCGAUGAGCAGGACGAGUUCGGAAGCGGACUCGAUACGGACAGAGACAAAAACGAAGGAUCCAGCAAUAUAAUGGUAACCUCAGGGAAGGUGGACGAUCAAGACUUUAACAACUUUAUUAAUGAGGAAUAUCUGGAUGGGUCAGAAGAGUCUUCUUUUAAUUCUUCCAUUACCAAGCCGAUUCAUUUGGAUUAUGCGAAUGAGGGGAAAAAGUAUGCCGUGCUGAAGGGGAUGUAUAGUGAAGGUGGGGAGGAUAAGGAGGAGACCCUGAAGAAGGUACCUCCAGAGGAUGGUGCGAAACAGACGAUGCAGUUAACUAAAGGGGCUGCACUAGUUGGUAUCAACAAAGAGGGGGCAGUCCAGAAGGGUGGAGGAAAAGCAGACCAAGGAGUUGGCCCGCUAGAACAGCAGAAGGAAACGCAUGAGAACAGCGUGAAGGACGUGAAUUCGGUUGGCAACGAUCAUGGGGAGAACCUUGCGUGCGUACCGAGGAGUGAAACGGGGAGUGAAGUCACCCAGAGAGGAGGCCCCCUAGGAAGAGUUCCUCCGUCAAGUGGUAUCCUCCCUGUUAGUACCGCCCAGAUGGAGUUCCCGAAUGAGUACCUCAACAAUAGUAGUUUAGCCUCCAGUAUGGCGUAUCGAGAAAAUGAGCUCUGCUCGAUCAAGUACCUAAUUGUGUGUAAUUUUAAAAGCUACGAGGGGGAAAAUAUCAUCGGGCCGUUUUCCAAAUUUACAGCCAUAAUAGGUCCAAACGGGUCAGGAAAGUCGAACAUAAUGGACUGCAUAUGCUUCGUUCUAGGAAUACACAAUAAAUGCUUGAGGGUGAAAAGUAUGAAACAGUUGAUUCAUCAUAAGGAGAAUGAAAAAGUGGAAUUGCUGAAGAAGAGGAAGUGCUAUGUGAAGCUCAUCCUGGAAAGCAACAAAGAGACCGUCGAAAUAAAGAGGACCUUAAACUACAGAGGUGGGAGCAACUACUACAUUAAUGAGAAGCUCGUCGAGCAUAAGGAGUACAUUGCCUUUUUGAAGAAAAAUAGAAUAGAAACGAAAACGAAAACCUGCCUAAUUUUCCAGGGAGAUAUAGAAGAUGUAAUAAACAAGAAACCAAACGAGCUAGCCAAACUGUUCGAAUAUAUAAGCGGGUCAGACGAAUAUGAACAAGUCUAUGAAGACAUGAAGGAAAAGCUGAAGGAGAAACAAAUGACCUGCAAAAGUUACCUCAAUGAAAAAAAAAAAAUCGAGCAAGAAAUUAAGAUACAUAAAAUGCAGAUCAGUGAUAAUAUAGAACAGAACCAACUGAAGGAGGAACACGAGCAAGACGUGAAGACGUUUUACCUUUUCAGACUUUUCCACCUUCAUAGGAAGAAGGAAAAGCUGAAGGAAGACCUACUGACCUAUAAAGAGGAGAAGAUCGAAUUCGAGCAGGAGGUUCUCAGCAAGGAUAAAGAGCUUGCCAACCAUUUGGAGAAAAACAAACUUUUGAAAAAAAAAAGUCUACUUAAAGUGGAGGACGAGAUUAGGAACUACCGGGUAGAAUUGAACCAACUGAAGGUGGCCCUCAACGAAAUUAAUGAAAAGAAGAAGUUUAACCAAGAUAAUUUAGUCAAAGUGCAGGCUAACCAGAAGCUACAAAUGAACAUACAAACGCACUGCACGAAAUUUUCGGAAAAUCUACACGAACAGGUGAAGGAGCAGAGUAAGAAGCUUCGAAUGGAGAUUUCAAACAAACUGGGGGUCAUCCUAAAAUUCAUGGAAAAGUACAACCACGUGAAGAGCUACAUUAAGGAGAGGCACACCACCAUGUAUGAUAACCUCAUGAAGGUGCAGCAUAGAUUCCGCUUAAGCAGCGGUGCAGAUAAGGAUGGAAAGACGUCUGAUCUAACCGAGGAAGAAGAAACAAUAUUUGAAAAAUGCAACCUGCUAGAUGUGUUAGAAAAUUUAAGUGAGUAUAAAAAGUGCAAGGAGAAGUAUUUGUACCUCUGCGCUAACAGUAACAUCAGCAUAAACAAUUACAACUCUCUGGCGAACGGGCUGAAGAAGGACAUUAAGGAGCUGCAGGAAGAGUGCGAUAAUCUGUCUAGGAAGAAGCAGAAGGAGGUUCUUGACUAUGAAGCGGAAAAACUUACCAUGGAUGAGGUGACAGGACGUGUGAACACAUUGAAUAGUCUCAUCGAAGGGGAUAAGAAAAAGGUGGAAAAUUUGAAGGUACACUUGAGAGAGCUCCACCAAACCAUCUCACAAAAGGAAAAACGAAUAGAACAACUGGACAACGAAGUGAACAUAUUAAAUAUACACAAAAAUGAAUUAAUACAUUUUGAAAGGAAAAAAGAGACCAUUUCCAAUUUGAAAAAUCUGUUCGGAGAGGACCAGAUAUAUGAUGAGGUCAGUUCCCUCUAUGAAGUCAACAACCACGUUUACUUCACUGCCGUUAAUAAUGCAAUCCACAAGUACAAUAACUUUCUCGUUGUAAGAAAUGUCGACAUCGCAGCGAAGUGUAUUAAGUACCUGAAGGAUAAUAAGCUACACAAGAUGGACUUCAUUCCGCUUGACAAUUUUGUGAAGAAUUUAAAGCGGAAGAAGGGUCAGCGCACACAUGGGGGGGGACCACACGAAGAGAAUGACCACUCAGAGGAAACUUGGCACGAGGAAGACAACCACAUGAUGGAAAAGAUAAUGAACACGUUUAAGAAGAAGAAUAUCGUGUUGGCAAAUAACUGCAUCGUAUGUGAAGAACAGUACAAAGUUCUGUUUGAUUACCUCAUAGGGAAGAACACCCUGAUCGUUGAGCGAAUAAAAGACGCAGAGGAGGUGAGGAGUAAAUUCCCACAGUUGAAUGCAAACAUGGUAACACUAAAUGGGCACAUCAUAUCCAAGCAUAACAAUCUAAUCGUAGACAUAUCAUCCACACACGGUGAUAAAGAAAGGUACAAUAAUAAAAGAUUGAACAUUAGCAUGUAUAAUAAAAUACUGACCGAAAAAGAGGAGUGCAGAAGUACCAUCAGCGACUGCAACCAGAAAAUCAUCCAAACGAAUGAACAGAUUAACAAAACGAAUUACGAACUAGAGUUAAAUAAAAAAAAAGCUGCCAGUUUGUUGAUUAAAAAAGGCAUCUUCGAGAAGGAAGUAGAGGGAAAAGAAGCCACCAUACAGAAUUAUGAAGAAAGAAUUACAAAAAUAAGGGACGUACAAAUGAAAAAAAAAAUGGACAGUCUACAAAACUACGAAUCCGAACUGAUGAAGGAACGAAAAGGAUUGGCAUCCUUCCAAAAGGACUCUUUUAAAAUACUCAAUGAAAGAUUCCAGAUGGAUAAUAUUUACGAAGCCAUUGAAAAGAGUUCCAAAGAAAUGGAAAAAAUAGACGAUAAUAUUGAUCGCAUAAAAAAUAAUAUAAAAAAAUUAAAGGACGACAUUAACGAACUGACGGAUAAACGAAACGAAAUUCAACUCUUUCACAAAAAGGAGAAAAUUGCAAAUCAGGAGGAAAAUAUCAAACUGGAUCUGUACAAACUGGACCAGGAAGAGAAGGACCAAAUGGAUAAAAUGAACGAAACGGAGAAGGCCAUUCAGGAGAGGGAAAACGAACGAGCCAAUCAUCUAAAGAACCUUGCCCAGAUUAACCAGGAGUUGAACGACCUUAGAGACAGAAUAAAUAGCAACUUUGAAAAGUACGAAACGAUGCAAAGUAAGUUGGACAACUGUCGAAAGAAGAUUCUCAUUUAUGUUACGCUGGUUAAGGAUCUCAUAAGCGAGUGUGACAUGAAUGGCGUGAAUGUGUUCACCUCGAGCUACGCCAUUGCAGAUCAGCAGGUUGGUCAACAGGAUGAUAAGCCGUUAGCCGGGAAAAAGGCAGGACGGUCCACGCGGAAGGGUCGUGUUAGUAAACUUCUACAAGGCAGUGAGGAGGAGGACGACUCAGACGUGGGAAGCGCCGGAACUGGAAGCAGCACCCGUGGUAGUGGUAGUGACGAUGAGGAAGAGAACGCGGUAGAUAUAACUCUAGCGAAUAUCUCCUUCGAUGCACUCCCAGAGGAGUUAAAACAAAUGGACAACGAGCAGGAAAUCAACACAGAGCAGGACAAACUGGAAAAGGAAAUCGAAAAAAAAAAAAAACUACUAAAAAUGAGGAAUAUAAACACAAGUGCAGAAAAGGAGUACGAAAAUUUACUCUCCAAGUUGAAAAAUAUAGAUGCUUCCUUAUCAAAUGAACGAAAGGAGUGUAAUCUGUUUGAGAGAAAUUUCAGGAUCUUACAAAAAAAAAGAUCGUACAAAUUUUUGCACUGUUUUAACUACAUAAAGAAUGUUAUUGACAACGUGUAUAACAACUUAACCUACAAUGUGAAGCACCAUGUCGGAGGACAAGCGUUUCUGGACCUGUUCAAUCUAAACGAAUUCAACAAAGACGAUGAACCCUUUUAUUGUGGUAUUCGGUACAAUAAUAUGCCACCCAUGAAACGUUUCUUUCAGAUAAGUGAGUUAAGUGGGGGAGAAAAGAGCAUGAGUGCACUGGCAUUAAUAUUUUCCAUUCAGAAAUAUAUUAGUAACUCCUUUAUCAUUUUGGACGAAGUUGACGCCAAUAUGGAUCCCAUUAAAAUGAGUGCACUCGCCAGGUACCUUAACUCCAUUAACAGUCAGGUCAUAGUCAUUUCCCUCAAGGAGAAGUUUUUCAGCAAAAGUCAGACCCUCAUCGGGGUGUACAAGAACAAGCACAAGAAGUGUUCCCGCACGGUUACCCUCGACAUUUGCCGCUACCGCCAGGAGGCCUAA